AUGUCUCUCGACUUCGGAUUGCAGAACGUCCACGUUCUGAUCACAGGCGCAGCUGGAGGCAUUGGCCUUGAGACGGUCCAGACUUUUCGGAAACUUGGGGCUCGGGUCACGGCGCAUUAUAAUCGAAACAUUGGAGAGCUUUCCGGUCUGAAGGAUGUUGUGGCGUUGCAGGCGGAUGUGCGUGAGGAGAAGGCUGUGGAUGAGUUGAUGCGUCAGGCUGCGGAGAGGAAUGGUGGGCCUGUUAGUGUUUUGGUUGUGAAUCAUGGUAUAUGGCCGGAGAACAACACUUCCAUCGCAGACAUGUCCCUCUCCCAAUGGUCCAACACCCUCGCCACAGACCUAACAGGCCCCUUCCUCCUCUGCAAAGCCUACCUCACAGCCCUCCGCUCCGCCUCAGACGCCGAAAAGGAAACCGCCAGCAUCAUCUUCAUCGGAUCCACAGCCGGCAAAUUCGGCGAAGCGAACCACGGUGACUACGCCGUCUCCAAAUCUGCGCUCAUGUACGGUCUCACGCCGACGCUGAAAAACGAGAUCGUCUCCAUCGCACCUAGGGGUAGGGUGAACAGUGUUAAUCCGGGAUGGGUGGCUACUCCUUUGGCAGAGGGGACGUUGAAGGAUAAGGCGUUUGUGGAGAGGGCGUUGGCUACAACACCCUUGCAGAAAGUGGGCAGGCCGGAGGAUGUGGCGAGGCAGGUGGCGGUUUUGGCGAGUCCGGUGUUGAGUGGGCAUGUCAACGGGGUGAAUUUGCAGGUUGACGGUGGCAUGGAAGGCAGGCUGCUCUUUCCGCCGAGCUUGCAGUAA